AUAAGGUAUAUAUGCAGGAACUACAUCAUAUUUCUGAAAAUAAAGUAUAAAGGUCAAGCGCGAUUCAUCAUGAUGGACAAUAUCCAGGAGCUGUCAAAUUUUUCCUGUAUCAUGUCACAUUAAAUUACAAAUACUGUAAAAAUGUUCCUGCGACAAGCUUCUAAAAUUGGCAAUCGAUCCAGCUUAGAAUUGCUAUCCAGACGAUUUACCUAUAGAGAUUGUAAAGCGCCUGACUUCACCGCCUAUCGAAGGGACAGUACGAAGAACCCACGUCAAAGAAAUGAUGACACUGAGUACCAAAGGAAGCUACUGUCGUGUGUGGUCAAUGGCAGCCUCAUCACUAUAGGUGCAUAUGCUGCAAAAGCUAUUGUGGAGGAACUCGUGAUGAGCAUGAUGGCAUCAGCCGACGUUUUGGCCAUAGCAAAGAUCGAAAUCAAUCUAAAAGAUAUUCCGGCAGGAAAGUCAGCAUCUUUCAAAUGGAGAGGCAAACCGCUGUUCGUGAGACACCGUACUAAAGGGGAGAUAGAUGUCGCAAGAGCUGUGCCAGUGAAUUCGCUAAGAGACCCCGAAACGGACGAGCAGAGAUGCAAGAACCCAGACUUUUUAGUAGUUAUCGGUGUUUGCACUCACUUAGGAUGUAUUCCGAUAGCUGAUGCUGGCGACUAUGGUCCAGGAGGAUACUACUGCCCUUGUCACGGUUCCCACUAUGAUGCGGCUGGCAGAAUCAGAAAGGGCCCGGCGCCCACCAACCUCGAAAUACCUCAAUACUCAUUUGUUAACGACCACACUAUCGUCUGUGGUUAAAUGUUAGUAAUCUGUGCAAAAAUAAAAGCUAUGUAAUGAGGUCGCUUAAAUAUUUUUUCAAUGUCACCGCAUUGUACGUGAAAGAGCGUUGAAAUAUGGCUGUCCUAUAUUUCGGCAAUAAAAUGAAGAUCCUUUAGGCCGCUCCUCAUGAAUCGACAAAAGAUUAAUACCGAAUCAUUUCCAUGUAGUCAUGUAGGGGUAUGUUCAUAGUGAAGAUGCUUACUGCGAUGCUUUCUUCGCUACCUCGAUGAUCGCUUCAUCGAUCUGACCACGAUGCAAAACAAACACAUCUUUUAAGUUGGGAGCGCGUUCAUGGUGAUGAUACAAUCUGCGCCGCUACCUUCGCUUCCUCGCGGUCGAACGGCGUAAUAAAAAAUAUUUUGUUUUUACAUCGCUGUCAGGAGGGAAACAUCGGGGUGGGAUUAGCUGUGAUUGGUUCUUUCAAGGUCGUCCUUGUUCCUCAUCAAGAAUUGGAUUACUAUGCAAGUUGGUGUCCUUGCGGUCGUCCAGUUAGAGGCUCAACUUUGUCGAGUAUGUAACCAAAUGUAUCUGUCGACAUUCUCAUGUAGGAAUGGAAUCUUUCCUUACGUCUUUUCAAUUCGAGGGAAAGAUGGUGGUACUCGCCAAGUUCCUGUCUCGCUUUGUUUACUGGAUGUGUACUGUAUUUUCGAUGUGAUAGAGAACUAAAUAUCCACCACUUGGUUACUAGAGACAAAUCACUCUCAUUGUCACUGUCGCUUGACAAUAUCCUGCCUUCUUAUUCGCUCGUGAACAUAUGAAACAUUAAGAACCGCAUUCGACGGUGAAUUCAGUAUGAACACCCUCCAUCCAUGUUGAAAGUCGCGAGAAAGCACUCAUCGAGGUAGCGAAGAAAGCAUCGCAGUAAGCAUCUUCACUAUGAACAUACCCUAAGUUAUUCCACUAGCUCUAUGUCUAAUACGGUUCCAAUAAGAGAUUCGGUUCUUUUAGCUUUCAUAUUAGGCUGCCCCAACUCUUGUGUGAAUAUGAAAUGUCAAAAGAAACGUCAUGAUCUUAAACCUGUCAAUUUUGAAUAUGACAGUGAUCAUUUUUAUUUUUCAAAAUAGUAAAAGUUUGAUAGAAUGCCAAUAAAAUAGUUUCCAAUCAGCCCUGACCCACUUUUGAAGACCGGAGGCGAUGAUGAUUUUCAAAACAAAAUGAACCCCAAUAUGUGGAUGCUAAGCGAACUUUUUCCGCCUUUCGGACUCACGAGUUUUGUUAGUGCUGUGGUGGUUUGCGUCUUAAGUUUCUAUAUUAUCAAGAGGCUUAGUGGUGAAACCCAAGUACCUGUUAGAGAUUCCACCAAGAAUCAUAAUUGGACCACAAUAAAGAUUUCUUCCAAGGUCUGAUUAUCAUAUUAAGUAUAUAUUUGCUUGGCUUACCAUUUCAUUUUCGUCAACCGGAAACUUUCAAAUGCAAAAGAAAGAGUUGAAGGGUGCAAGAUUAGUUGCAGAAAGGAAGUUGCCUCAUCAAGAAGGAUGCUGUGUGAAAUCACCCUUUUCCUUUUGACCAUAAAGGCAUUGACCUUAAGACAUUCUUAGGAGUUUGUCAGGAAAAGUUUGAAGUACCUUUUCUGCUGAAAAUACCUAAAUACUAAAUAUCUGCAGAUAAACAUAGUUUUUUUUCUGAGGGGGUAAUGGCAUCCAAACAUUAGUUCAUUUGCCACAAAGUAUGGAUAAACAUUGUUCGUUCACACACAAUUGAUUAUUUCACAUAUUCAAUAAAUCGUUGGAAAAACCCAAGUGCUGGACAAAAUACUUCCUAAUCAUAAUUGCAAAAUUAAGCUACCAUUGCUGAAUUAUCACAAUGCUUUUGGCACUAGGUCCUGCAAUAUGUCUGAGAUAGGUAUAUGUGUGGUACUUUUACUUUCACUGCAAAUUUUUCAAAUAUCUGCUAUUGCUAAUUCUAGUUAUGUAUCUUUAUAAAAUGUGAUGCUUCCCUUUCUCUUUUUGAAGGUUUACUGGGAUAUCAGUAACUAAGGAUACAAAAGAAAUACGUUCUUAUCCUAGUAUCUGAUAUGCACCAAUUCAAAUUUAAAUAUAUUUUGUUCAUCGUUACAUAAAAUAAUAUCACACACUGUAAAAUAUAGGGCCAUGUGAAUAAAUAAAAAAGCUACAAAAGGCCAAGCCUUGAGCAUGGCAUAAACAUUAAUAAAUGCCUUUGCGGAAUACCCUUUUGGGGUAACAGCAAACAAAUAGGAAAAAGUAAUUUUAUGUAUAGAAGAAAUUAAAAAUACAGCAAGAACAAUAAAAAAUUAUGAAAAUUCCACUAUCCAUGCUAUUUGAUAAGUUAUGCUUUUUUCCAGGCAUGGUAUUGUUCUAUUUGUGAAUCUUUACUCCUAAAUUGUAUAGGGGUAUACUGUGACUGUUGUGGGGUAUGUGCAGAUCAAGAUUGUGUCAAAAAAGCAAAUGCAAAGUUACCAUGUAAGAUCAUUACAAGUAAUACUGAAGAACAACUUCACCACUGGGUUAAAGGAAAUUUGCCAUUGGGUGCAGUAUGUGCAAGAUGUGAGGAAGACUGUUCAAUGGAACCUGGCUUAGUUGACUUCCAAUGCUGUUGGUGUCAAAAAACAGUACAUACAGAAUGUUUACCCUUAAUUGAAAAGUUUUGUGAUUUUGGACCAUUCAGAAAUAUGAUUGUACCUCCAUGGUGUGUUCAGGUGGCCAGAAGAAAAGGUGCAUUACAAAAGCACCUACUUCUAAGAGCUGUUAAAGACCCUGGUUGGGAUAAGUGGACACCAUUGGUUGUUAUAGCAAAUAAAAAAUCUGGCAAUACUGAUGGAGCACUGGUGUUGUCAGAAUUCAGAAAGUAUUUGAACCCUGUCCAAGUUAUAGAUUUGGAUGAAAGAAAACCUCCUGCUGCUUUACAGUGGUGUGUCCUUUUAGCUCCUAAAAUUGUACAAAUUUUGGUAGCAGGAGGAGAUGGAACCAUCUCCUGGGUGCUGACUUCUUCACAUAAGUUGGAUCUUGAUCCAGAACCUCCACUGACUAUCAUUCCAUUAGGUACUGGUAAUGACUUAUCUAGGGUACUUGGUUGGGGUAAACAUAGUUCUGGAGAGCUCCAGGUGGACCAGGUAUUGAGGGACAUCAAAGGAGCAAGGCUAUCUGAACUUGACAGGUGGAGAGUUGAAUUGACGUCUACCCGACAUUUAGGCCUAAAAUUACCAAGCAAGGUUUAUUAUAUGUACAAUUAUUUGAGUAUUGGAGUUGAUGCUCAGGUGGCUUUGAGCUUUCACAAGACUAGGGACAGUAUAUUUUAUGUAUAUGGGAGCCGAGUGUUCAACAAGUUGCUGUAUCUGUGUUUUGGGACGCAACAAGUUGUGACAGCUGACUGCAAAAACUUAGAAAGACGCUUGGAUUUGUACCUGGAUGGACAACACAUUGAUCUGCCAGAGCUAGAAUCUAUAGUUGUGCUUAACAUUCCUUCGUGGGGAGCUGGUGUAAAUUUGUGGGGUAUGAGUGGUGAUGGUUCACUGAGAUCUUCUCAGUCAUAUCAUGAUGGCAUUCUAGAAGUAGUUGGUAUUUAUUCAUCAUUCCAUAUGGCCCAGUUGCAAGUAGGCCUUUCUUGUCCAGUUAGGUUAGGACAGGCUAAAGUUGUGGAGAUCCGUCUAAAGGAAAAAGCUCCAAUGCAAAUAGAUGGUGAACCUUGGGAGCAACACCCAGGUAAGCUGAAGGUUACUUUUGUAAAUAGAUGUCCUGUACUAGUCAACCAAAAUAGAUCCGAUUAAAUGUGAUUUUCGACUGUAUUGCACCUCUAUAACAAGUAUUAAAUAGUACUUCUUUGUGUUAUCUUAGAACUGUUGGCAAACUAUGCGAAAUACUCUCAAGUACGCGCUCGUUAAAUCUGUUUUACAUUGUAAAAACGACACGAUGAUAUACAGCCAGAUAUUGGCGGAAUUAAUGAAAGUUCGUUGGGAGGAGACACUUAUCGCAAGUUUCGUAAUAUGCACUAAACUUAUUGUGCGCAAGUAAGUGAAAAACCUGAGGAUCGCCACCUACCUACCAAUGGUUCGCUAAAGCUGAUUUUUUAACGUUAUUCCGUACGGUAGACACUUAGGCUCUCUAGCUCAUACCGCUCGACGUUCUACGCUAAGCGCAGCUAUGUCGCACCGCACCAUUACGGUCAAGUGUCAAGUGGUUGGAAUACCACAUAUUGAGCCAAAGCAGCGCUUCUGAAAGCCCUUGUGUUUUCCUGUCCCUCUUUCGGCAAAUUUGUGUAGCCUGUGGGGUCACCGUUAGGCUCGGGUAGUCUUGUUGAUGUGAUCGUGUUACGCUCAUCAACAGGGAGGACUUUUAUGAGUUCUUGAAAAUUCUUUUAUUUAAUUUUUGAAGAAGGAUAGCAGACUUUUUUCUUCACGCUUACAUUGAGGUAGUAUGACGACAAAACAACAACAAAGGGGACAAAUCUCCCAUUGCACACCAAUUUAUAACGAAACUUCCAACUAACUUAUUAUAAAUCAAUAACCAUGUCGACUAGACUAUCGCGAUUCGCACUGCUGACUCACCUCGCCAUUCUGACGUCGUAGCGCGAUCCAUGCACGGUCGCGUAAUUCUGGUUGCCUAAGCGUCGAUGUUGCAAGUGCGUCUCAUCGGUACCUCAAGUUCUAGUUUACGAGGGUGCUAUAAUACUUCAGGGAAAAGUGACAACCACGCGGCGCGUACUGAUGAGGAAAGCAUGGUUUAAUUUUUCAUAACAAGCUUCCCAAUAUAUUUGACAGUUGAUAAAAGACUAUAAGAUAAAUUUUCUCAUAGUCUGUCAGCACUGAUUCUGUGCAACGCAAUUUUCAUUGCAUUGCCAUGUGCCACUCCCUCUCGACGUUACUUUCAAAAACAUGCCAGUGUUAGUACUAAUAUAUAGGCACUAUAAUCAGGGAAUUGUCACCAAAAUUUGCAAGAAUCGUGCACUACAACACGUCUUCGAUAUACAGAGACGUUUGUAGUGUUUCAAUUUUUAUCAUUUUUAUGGAUAUACAUACCAUUUCUUCCUUUAAAAUGCUUCUCUGUAAUUGAUAUAAUGAAUGAAUAUAUUAAUAUUUUAUGAAAAGUGAUGUAUUUAUAUGUGUACCUUCGAUGAAUUGUAUAAAUUAUAUUUGUACUUAAUUUACGGACUGGUAGUUGAAUAAACUCUUCAGCUCAG